UAAAGGCUCCCUUGGGAAGUCAGCAGAGCCUGGUUCAUUCAGUUGAGGCAGAACCAAGCCUUCAGAGGAGGGCAUCAGGAUCCCCCGGGAGUGAGUUUUACAGGUGGCCAAGAGCAACCUAAUGUUGCUGGAUGCUGGGAACUCAACUUGAGUCUUCAGCAAGAGCAGCAAGUGUUCUUAAACACUAAGCUCUCUCUUGAAGUCGCUAUUCUGUCAACCGAGAUACCCAAAUUUGGGGCCCAUGAACUAGAGGACCAUUUCAUUUAAAACGCAAGGGCCCCAUGAAUGAAGCCCACUACGUGUUGAAAAACUAAAACCUCCAUCCCCAAGACUGAUAGAUGCGAAGCAGCUCUCCCUGGACCUCAGAAGCAGGAGGGUUAAAGAAUAAGGUGUGUGCUGGAGAUACCUGAGUAAUGGCAUUAACCCAAGUAGCAGAGAAUUCAGAGUGAAUUCCACACAAGGGGAGGGUGGUGGACUAAGAUACUAUUUUCUCUAUCUUUCUUCUCUCCAGGCAGUGGCCUAAAAGAGUCAGGAUCAGCUACAUAGCAGGGUACAGGGAAGAAACUACAUUACCCACAGUCCUAGGCCAAGGGCAAGAUUGGACCAGGCGGGACUUCCGUCGCCACAAUUGUGACGUCUGGGUUGCUGCCGGCUGUCCUCUAAACUGGUUUAGGAGUGGGCUAGCUGGAUCACAUUGGAGCCCAGCAGGGAAUACAGCAAAACCAAAGCAUCUUUCUCCAUGCAUGUGUGACAGCUGGCAGUUCCUACACUUGAUCUUAGCCAAAAGGCCGAGAAGCGAUCAGCUGGCAGUUCCUAACCUGGUCGCACCUAGAGUCAGUCCCCUAAGCCUUGUAGGCGUUGGUGCACCGUGCAGGCUGAGGGCGCCCCAGGUGUGGGUUUGCGACAGGGCGCCCCCACUGCCUGCGCACUUGGCUGUUUCACAGAUGGACCGUGCUCAGGUGAUUGGAAAUUCUCGCCCAGAUACAGAGGGCCGGGUAACCUUUGAGGAUGUAUACGUCAACUUCUCCCGGGAGGAGUGGGAACUCCUUGAUGAGCCACAGAGGUUACUCUACCUCAAUGUGAUGUUGGAGAACUUUUCACUUGUGGCCACACUUGGUUGUUGGUGUGAAUCAGAUGGCAAGGAGGCUCCUUGUGAGCACAACAUCUCUGGAGAAGCCGUGCCACAGACCAGGACUGCUGAAUCAAGUCUCCCGAUGCAAACUUCCCACGCCUGUGAGAAGUAUGACCCGCUCCUGAAGAACAUUCUGCACCUGGCUGAACACCAUGGCUUAUGCCCUAAGCAGGUGCUGCAUGGAUGUGGGCUCAAUUCGAGAGGAUUCUUACUCACUAAAAAACCUUCCCGGCACAAGAAGCGGCACUGUGGAGAGAAACCCAUUGGAUGGGAAGACAGAGAAACGUCAUGCGUGAAGAAUGCAGUUCACGUGAUUGAGACACCAUUUGCAUGCAAAGAAGAAGAGAUGGACCAGCUGAACAGCUCCACCCUUCUUCAGUGCACAGUGCACAAUGAGGUGAAUCUGCACAAAAGGACUGAGUCCCCCGAGCCUCUCAGACAUAGAUCCAGGCUUGGGAAACACCAAGGAGACAGUGAUGGGAUGCCUCUCACAGGCAGUGAUAAGGGAAAUGCCUCCCUGAGCAGUGACAAUCAUACACCUCUUACUGAGGUGAAACCCAUUAGGUGUCUGCCAGUUGGAAAUGUGUUCAAGGAGACGUCACCUUUUUUUAAUCAAAGAAGCAUCCACAAAAGAGAAACAGCUUCUGUAUGUGAGGAGUGUGGCAAGACCUUUACUCACCUGUCUCAUCUAAAAAUACACCAGAAAGUUCACAGUGGGAAAAGUCAUUACCCAUGUAAUGAAUGUGGGAAGAUCUUCAGCCACAAAAGCACACUUAUGCAGCACCAGAGAGUGCACACAGGGGAAAGACCUUUUAAGUGCAGCGAUUGUGACAAAGCCUUCAGUCGUAAAGACACACUUGUUCAACAUCAAAGAUGUCAUACAGGAGAAAAACCUUACCAGUGUAGUGAAUGUGGGAAAGUCUUCACCCAAAAUUCUAUCCUUAUAAAACAUCAAAGGGUCCAUACCAAAGCAAGAUCCUAUGUUUGUAGCAAGUGUGGAAAAGCCUUUGGCUGCAAAGAUACCUUUGUUCAGCAUCAGAUAAUUCACAAUGGUACAAAGCCAUAUGAGUGUAGUCAAUGUGGGAAGGCCUUCAGUCACAAAGACACACUUGUAAAGCACCAGAAAAUCCACACUGGAGAAGGGCCCUAUAUUUGCAGCAAGUGUGGGAAAGCCUUUGGCUACAAAGUCACACUUGUUCAUCACCAGAAAAUUCACACUGGUACAAAGCCCUAUGAGUGUAGUCAAUGUGGGAAGGCCUUCCGCCUCAAAGGCACGCUUGUAAAGCACCAGAAUAUCCACACUGGAGAAAGGCCUUAUGAAUGUGGUGAAUGCGGGAAAUUCUUUCGUCAAAGUUCCCAACUUAUUGUACACCAGAGAAUUCAUACUGGAGCCAAACCUUAUGAAUGCAGUGAAUGUGGGAAAUGUUUUAGUCAUAGCUCUAGCCUCAUUGUACAUCAAAGAGUUCAUACUGGAGCGAGGCCUUAUGUGUGUAAGGACUGUGGGAAAACCUACAUUAGUAGCUCCCACCUUGUUCAGCACAAGAAAGUUCAUACUGGAGCCAGGCCUUAUGAGUGCAGUGAAUGUGGGAAAUUCUUCAGUCGCAAUUCUAGCCUCAUUGUUCACCAGAGAGUUCACACUGGAGAAAAGCCCUGUGUCUGCACUGAUUGUGGAAAAGCCUUUAGCAGAAGUUCUCAUCUUACACGACACCAGAAAGUGCACAUGGAAAAAAGGCCUCGUGUGUGCAACAGCUUUAGUGACCUCUUAGCUGUACCUCUCAAACUUGUUUAGCAUGAAAAAUAGUUCAGCCAGGCAUGGUGGUGCACACCUUUAAUUCCACCUUUAAUCGAGAGGCAGAGGCAGGUGUAUCUAUGUGAGUUCAAGGCCACCCUAGUCUACAAAGCAAGUUCAGGACAGCUAGGGCUGUUACACAGAGAAACCCUGUCUUGAAAAACCAAAACAACAACAAAGUCAUCCUAGAGAAAAGCCUUAUGGCAAGGGAGAAAUCUGCUCUUCCCUUUUGUAAGCUAAUAGUCACUUCAAAGCAAAGCUCAGUAAGUACUAUUUAUGCAGAACCCAUCCUCCUGCAGAUUAACCUGGUCUAUUCUAUCUAUCAGGGGAGAUUCCCAGUUAAUAUCAUGUAUAGGAAAUUAUUAUAGGAUGUAUUCAACUUUCUAAACUGUUCAUGGCUCUUGAGUUAUGUCACUGCCAAAGUUUAUGGAUGCCAUCUCAUUAUAUCCAUCUGUUUUCAUCAGUCCAUUCUGUCCUAGGAAGGCAAAUAUUUGUUUGCUGUCCCCUACAGGUAAUCAUGAAUGUUCCAGCGCCCGCUGAGGCUUCUCUUCCUCCCUUUAUAAUUAGAAUCUGAGCAAGUAGCUAGCUUUGACUAAAAGGAACCCAGCUAAGGUCUCUGUUGAAGUAAUUGGUCUUAAUAAAAACUAAUUGGUCCUAAUAAAAACCUGGAGCCAGAUAUCAGGGUGAAAGCUGAAAGAUCAGAAAAGCAGAACAAGCCACAGCCACUACCUCUUACCAACUCCUCAGCCUU